AUUGGCGGUUAAGGGUUUUCAAGGCCACCUUAUUGUCUUCCGAAGGUUAUUAGUGGGUUAUAGUCUCUUCUCCAGUUACAGCAUAUUUGAAAUGGGUUAACAAUUAUCUGUCAUAUACAAUUUACAAUUUAACUUAAAUGAUCACUGAUAACUCCGGAAAAUCACAUGAUAUCUUGCUCUCUAACGAAAAGUUCGAUCCGAUCGAGUUGGAAAAUCGAUAUGUUCAUCAAGUAUAUGAUGUGAUAGCCUCUGAGUUCAGUUCUACUCGACAUUCACCUUGGCCUAGUGUUGUGAAAUUUAUUGAAGCACAAUCACCGGAUAGCCUUGGUGUUGACGUAGGUUGUGGAAAUGGAAAAUAUCUUACUGCAUCAUCAAAACAUUAUGCUGCUAUGAAAGCUAGCACUUCAUCAACUAGUGUACAGUGCGAAAGUAUAGUUCCCACUUCUAAUUUCAUUCCUAUCGCUGCUAUGGAGAGAAGCCCCAAACUAGCAGAGAUUGUAUAUAACAGAGGCUUCGAUGUAGUCAUAGGUGACAUACUACGAAUACCUUAUUGUUCAGAACGUUUUGAUUUUUUUCUAUGCAUAGCUGUUAUUCAUCAUUUAUCCACUAUGGCUAGGCGUAUAGAAGCAGUUAAUGAGUUGGCUCGUAUUCUACGCGUUGGAGGUCGAGGGUUAAUACAAGUUUGGGCUAAAGAACAACGUGGUAUUUCAAAAUCUGAACCGUCAUAUUACGUUAAUCGUAAGACAAAAACUGUUUGUAACGUCAACGAUUCUCCAGAAUCACUCUCGAAAAUCGUUGAAGCUGUCCCUGGUACCUAUUUACCUUUACACGUCAAUGGUACAGAAUUUCAAAAUACAGAUAUGUUAGUUCCUUGGAAGAAAAAAAACUACACGGUGACCGAUCAGUUGAAAGAGUCUAAUCAACCAUUACCCAAUUCAAUGUAUGGUCGUUAUUAUCACUUAUUUGUUAUGGGAGAAUUGGAUGACCUAAUAUCAAAAGUACCUGCUCUAAAAAUUGACAAAUCUUUCUACGAACAAGGAAAUUGGGUUGUACAUGUAACAAAAGUUGUAUAAAUAUCGUAAAUAUGCGUAAUACUGAGAUGUCAACAUAAAUAUAGGUGAAGUAUUUUUAAUGGACAAUGAUGAUGAUGCCGAUGAUGGUGGUGAUGAUGACGAUGAUGAUAAAUAACGUGAUUCCAAUUCUUUGAAGGUUGUUUCAAGUAUCCUAACACCGAUAUGAAUAAAAGUAACAAACAAUAUAAGUGUUAAGUUUGUUUUACAUUGUUCCUGCUCAUUCCUUUCCUACUCUUUUGUAUGUUGUUUAUACUACUUAUUUAUAUUCAGUAAGCAGUUGUAUGCCCAACAAUUUUCACAAUCAUGUUGUAACUCAGGUUGUACUGUAACAUUCUGAAAUGUUCACAUAUAUCUUUAACGUUUAUUUUACUUAUCAUUAAAUUUAUCAUUAUAAUCACUGUAAUUUAAUUGCUGUAACGGUUAUCCACAGUUUUAUGCAUUUGUUUAAACGCAACAGUUUCCAUAUUGUUUGCUCUUGGUUCGAGUUUCGGUUGUUCAUAAAAACUGUUAUCAAAUUUAGACACAGCUAUCGGCUGUCUUUGGACUAUCGUAUGUUGUAAUCAUUCUUUAUGUUACUCUUACAGGAAGCCUUUGCUAUUUUCAUUCUUGAACGACGCGUUUAAACGCCUAGACACCUCACAAGUUGAGGUUUGUAACUAAAUUUUGUGUAUUAUUUAAUAAAGAACCGCUUUUGUAGAC